UUCCUCUGGUCUGUAGGUGACUGUGCCCUGGUCUCUCGAUGUGAGCGCUGCCACCUGGUGGUCAGAUGUGGCAACAGCGUUUGCUCUGUUUGCAUUAGCACAGUUGAAGAUGGCGACUGGAGUCCUUCACAGAGUCAGCGGUGGCCUGGGUCGGGCUAAAAGCAGGGCCCAGUCGGCCGCACAGCUCGUCGUUUUGACCAGGGGGUUUGCAACAUCAAGCAGCAGAAACAGACAGGACAGCUGGUUUAAGUCGCUGUUUGUGAGGAAAGUUGAUCCCAGGAAAGAUGCACACUCCAACCUACUGACCAAAAAUGAGGAAAGCAACCUGUACAAGAUUCAGUUCCAUAAUGUCAAGCCAGAGUGCCUGGAUGCAUACAACAAACUCUGUGAGGAUGUUUUGCCCUCCAUCCAUGCCGAUAAGUACUACCCCUGUGAGCUGGUGGGCACCUGGAAUACCUGGUAUGGAGAACAAGACCAGGCUGUUCAUCUGUGGCGUUACAGAGGUGGAUACCCGGCUCUAACAGAGGUGAUGAACAAGCUCAAGCAGAACCAGGACUUCACAGCGUACAGGAAGGAGCGGGGUAAGAUGCUGAUGUCUCGCAGAAACCAGCUCCUCCUGGAGUUCAGCUUCUGGAACGAGCCCGUUCCCAGAGAGGGCCCCAACAUCUAUGAGCUCAGGUCCUACCAGCUCAGGCCAGGAACCAUGAUCGAGUGGGGUAAUUACUGGGCCAGGGCCAUUGGAUACCGCCAGCACAACAGAGAAGCUGUGGGAGGGUUUUUCUCACAGAUCGGCAACCUCUAUAUGGUUCAUCACCUCUGGGCUUACAAAGAUCUUCAGUCCAGAGAAGACACGAGGAAUGGCGCCUGGCAGCAGGAGGGCUGGGACGAGGUGGUGUAUUACACAGUUCCUCUCAUUCAGCAUAUGGAUUCCAGGAUUAUGAUCCCGACAAAGGCUUCCCCGCUGCAAUGAAAUGAGACGCGAGCUGGAAGCUGAAGUGGUACCCUUUUGAAUGUUACAGCCAUCCAGAGCAUCACUAUCAUGGUCAUGGUAUCAGUGCUGCCAAACAACAUCCCUUCUCUGAUCUUCUUUGCUUUAUUACUUCAAGAUAUCACUAGGACAGAGGAGGUAUAAAUGUUCGACCAUGUAUCUGCAAUUAAAAUAGUCCAAACCACUUAGAGCCCCUGACGACACACAACUUCUUUUUUUGUUUGGUUCUGGAGCAGGAUGAGUCAAUUUGGCCAAUUUAAAGCUCCUGAUGGUUGUUAUGUCCAACGUCUGGUGCCACAUUAAAACUGGUCCAUGAAGAGAGCUCAUCUCUAAGUUUAGAACCAACCAAAGUUACUUGAAAAGACGAGCAGCUGUGUGGUGUGCAAGUGUGAGGACAGAUGUGGAAAACAGUACUGCUGAAGCUCACUGCACAAUGCAGUAGCUAUUUAUUUAUUUAAUGUAAAUUUGGAAUAUGUUUUAAGUGUGCUGAGAAGUGGCAUUUUGAUGUAAGCCAUGCUAUUGCUGAGUGAAGUGAGAGAAAGCCUCUAUAUUCAUGAAAACGAUAAAGUAUGACAUGAUGUAAAAUGUAAAUCUCAAUUUUAUUUUUGAUUGGAGUUCUAUUAUAAUUUUUUUUUUUUUUUGCAAAAAUUCCUUCCAUUUGCUUUUUCUGGACGUUCCUAGGUUCCUUGUCAUGGUGAUGUUGAUGUUUCAUGGUGCUGUGUUUGUAACUAUGGCUUCUACUUUUCUCCUGUGAAGACAGCAUGCCUGGUUUUAAAACGUUUUUAUCCAAUAUGUUUUAAUGGGGCAUAAGUAUCAUGUAUGAUAAAUCUUAUCAGUGGCUGAGUUAAUCUGGCACUGAGUGGGCAGUCAUGCUGCUGCAUAUUGUAAUAUCAGAUUUUAUUGUUAAAGGAAGCAUGUUUAUCUUUUUGUUCCUCAGUUCAUAGGGGACAGUGUAGAGCGAAGGACAAGAAUGCCAACACAGAUUAAAGCAGUUCAAACAACA